AUGUUGCUGCACUCAGUACUUUUGUUUCUGUCCCUUGUCCUGGGCAUCGCGUCGGCCAGAGCUCCCCCGACUGUUUAUCUUGUCCGACACGGCGAGAAACCCGAAGACCCGGACGACCAUGGCCUGAACUCGGAGGGUCUCAUGCGAGCCCAAUGCCUGCGGGAUCUAUUCGGGGCCGGUUCGGGUUAUGAUAUUGGAUAUAUCCUGGCACCAAAAAUCAAGUGGAACGGCGACCACCAACGACCUUACAUGACUGCCCUGCCUCUAGCCCAGGAUCUCGGUCUGCCGAUCGAUGCCCAUUGUUCACGCAAAGAUGCCGAGUGCGUGGCCGAUGCUAUCAGGGCCUAUGAUGGGCCUGGUAAUAUCCUGAUUGUCUGGCGAAAAACGAACAUGGGAGAUAUUCAAAAGGAGCUGGGUGUUAUUGACCCAGUCGAGUGCCCAAAAGAUCGGUUCGAUCUGAUCUGGACCAGCCCAUAUCCGUACGACCGCAUUACUAAAAUUGAGAGCGAACUGUGCCCUGUUUUGGAUACCCACCCUGGACUGGUUGUGCAGUCUACGGGAAAGAGCAUGGAUGACAUCGAGGAACGCCUGCGCAGCCAUGCGCAAGCCUUCGAUGGGCUGCUGUCCUUGAUCCCCGCCAAAUACUACUACGGCGAUGAUACCAGUGAUCAAUGGCAACGGAAGAAGCAGACCAAGGAACAAGCUCGAGAGGCGAAGCGGGCAAAACUCGAUCCUGAGUCCGGCAAGACCGCCAAAGAUGUGAUGGACGAGAACGCUCGCAAACGCAAGCGGGAUGACGGCACCCUCGAGACCGACUCGUCGGAUGGUGAGGAGCAGUUGGGCUCCGAGAACCCCAGAGAAGGAUUAAGUCGAGGAUACGCCAAGCCUAAAAAGCAGAAAUCGACCGAGGGCGCUGAAAAAUCGGACCCGGCAGCUGCCGCCAAGGCCGCCGACGCAGAGGCUCGUAAGAAGCAGCGGGAAGAUAAGAAGGCUCAAAAGAAGGCCACUCAAAAGGAGAAGAAAAAGGCUAAGGAGACAGCCAAGAAAGAGAAAACGAGACAGGAAGAAAAGCCGUCGGAUAAUGCCACCGAAAAGUCGGAAAAAUCUGCAUCAAAACCCAACCAGGGUGCUCCCGAUGCACCGGAAGAUUUAUCGGAUGCCGAGGAUGCCGAAGAUCUUGAAGAGGGUGAUGUCGCUGCCGAGGAAGGAUUUUCGCUGGAAUUCAACCCCGAACAGCCUGAACAGCCAUCCUCCGCUUCAUCUACCCCCAACUCUUCUGGCUUCGACGCCUCAAAUCCCCAGUCGGGCAGCUCAUCUAUUUCCUCCAUUAUCCCUCCCUCCGCCUCCAACGAUGCCAAAACCUCCGAGUCCAAACCCCUCAAAGCCACGCCGGAAGAACUGAAGCAGCGCCUACAAAAGCGCCUGGACGAGCUUCGAGCCGCUCGCCAUGCGGACGGUCUUAACGGCAAGCCUGCCCGCAACCGCCAAGAGCUUAUCGAGGCACGGCGACAGAAGGCCGAGCAGCGCAAAACACACAAGAAAGAGUUGCGACAAAAAGCUAAAGAAGAGGAACAACGUAAGAACGACGAGGCCAUGGCCCGCCGUUUCUCCCGGGUGGCUCCGGUCGUCUUCGCCGAUGGCCAGCAUACCGACGCCUCUUUGACCAACGUGCACGACAAAUACAAGAGCCGCGGUGCCACGGAUGCGGCCGCUCAGCUCAAGGUCGCCGAGGCUAAACAAGCUCGACUCGCCGAGAUGGACCCGACGCAGCGCGCGGACCUGGAAGAAAAGGACCGCUGGCUGAACGCCAAGAAGCGCGCUCACGGCGAGCGUGUCCGCGAUGACACCUCCCUGCUCAAGAAGGCCCUCAAGCGCAAGGAGUCCGCGAAGAAGAAGUCCGAGCGCGAGUGGAAGGACCGCCUCGACACCGUGUCCCGCGCCAAGGACCAGCGCCAAACCAAGCGCGAAGAGAACCUGCGCAAGCGCAGAGAGGAGAAGGGCAACAAGGGAGGCAAGGGCAAGAAAGCUGCAGCCGGGCCCAAGAAGAAGGCCAGACCUGGGUUUGAAGGCAGCUUCAAGGCCAAGGUUGGUGGCAAGAAGAAAUAA